GACACUUGGCCGCAUUUUCAAAUUCACCAUGACAACGACCAGCGACACCGGCUUUUGGGCCCACCUCUUUAGCGCCGAGAACACGCUCGGCGAUCUCGUCGACAGCAACGGCCAGCCCGUGGUGAUUGCAGACCUCAACCCGACGGUCCUCUUUCUCAUCUCGGCCUACUGGUGCGAGCCGUGCCGCGCCCUCGCGCCAACGCUUCUCGCGUUUCUCGAGACGCACCCGAACGACGUCUCGGUCGUGUACUUUGGCCGCGACUUCAACGCUGAAAUGCAGGCCUUUGCUCUCCGCGACAAGCCCAUGUACAAUCGAUUUACGUGGCACGCGGAGAACAACGCGACGUUUGCGCGUCUUGGGAAGGCGUACCCGUCGCUGCAGUGCAUUCCCGCCGUCUUGGCCAUCGACCGCGACACGGGCAAGGUCUACUCGGAGAAGGCCGCCGUGGGCUUGCGCCUCAUGCCCGAUCAACUCCUCUCCAUGUGGGCGGCGGGCGACGACAUUACGCAAGAACAAGUGUACGCAUAUUGGGGCAGUCUCCGGUACCCGGACGUGCCGUGCAUCGAUUUCUUGUCGCAGCUCCCGCUCGACACGAUCGUCGAUGCCACCGGAGCCGGGAGCAGCUUUGACGCGCUCAACCGGUUUGUCGUGCUCUACGUGGACGCCAAGUGGGCGCAAAAACCCGAGGACGACCGCGUCCCGCAGUUGACGCCGAUGCUCGAUGCGUUCGCCAAGGCCAACCCGAACGACGUGUCGGUGCUCUUCUACAGCCUGGACGCGACGGCCGAAGCGGCCAGCGAAACCACAAACGGCACCUCGUUCUUUGCCUUCCGGCACAGCAGCGACCUUGUCCAGAUUGCCGAUGGCCUCAACAAGAUCCUCACCAAGGACGACGAGUACAACAGGCUGUCAGCGCCGCGCGUCCUUGUCUACGACAAGGAAACACACACGGUUGUCGCUAAGCAGCACUCGGGCAUCAUGAUCAAGCCACACGAUGUUGUGGCGGCGUGGAAGGUGGGCGACUGCGGCAUCACCGACCAAGAGAUGGGCAAUUGGCAUCGCGCGCGCUAUGAGGCCGACCAAAAGAAGAAGCAGGCAGCCAAGGAAGCGGCUGAGCCAUAGGGUCGACAUCCGCAUCCCUGGACGACCACCACCUUGGAGCUACAUCGACCGUAACACAAUGAAAUGUCUCUUCU